GUUUGUCUCCCAGCAUGGAGCGCUACGACCCGAGCAAGAACUCCUGGGAGAACGUGGCCUCCAUGGCCGACAAACGGAUCAACUUCGGCGUGGGGGUCAUGCUGGGCUUCAUCUUCGUGGUGGGGGGCCACAACGGGGUGUCCCACCUGUCCAGCAUCGAGAGAUACGACCCCCACCAGAACCAGUGGACGGUGUGCCGGCCCAUGAAGGAGCCCAGAACAGGGGUGGGGGCGGCGGUGAUCGAUAACUACCUGUACGUGGUGGGGGGGCACUCGGGCUCCUCCUACCUGAACACGGUGCAGAAGUACGACCCCAUCUCGGACACGUGGCUGGACUCAGCGGGGAUGAUGUACUGCCGCUGCAACUUCGGCCUGGCCGCGCUCUGACCGGGGCAGGGCCCCACGGA